AUACCGCGUCUCUAAUCGUGCCGAUACCAACCGAAAUUAGGUCUCGGCUCAGGAUCCCACCCUUACCCAGGAACAUGAACCCGACUUUCCAUAUUCAACGCCGCAAAGCCCGAGCGGAGGCCCUUCACAAGCUGUACGCGGGGCGUCCCGACGUAUACUUCGUAGACGCGGCUAACUACAGCGAACACCGGGACCGCUAUGCCCUGGCCGUGGUGGAUGGGACGGGGCGCAUUGUAGUGAUGGCCUCAGUCAAGGAGGAUUCCCCCACCAGAGCGGAGGAAGCUGCAAUCGGCCUGGCCCUCAACCACGCGUCCGAGUCGUUACGCACCAUAAUCUGUGACUCCAAGACGGCCAUUCUCGGCUUCAGCUCAGGUCGCGUCUCUCGAUCAGCAACAAAGCUCCUAACAUUGAAAUCAUCCAUCAUCCCUCCAGUCACACACCCAAUCACAUUAAUCUGGUCUCCGGCUCAUCAGGGGGUCGGUGGUAACGAGGCGGCCCACGCCGCGGCCCGAGAUGCGACUCGCCGGGCCGGGACAUGCGGGGCGGUCGGCGUGGCCAUUCCGAUUGCUAACGAGCCGAGAGAUAUCCCAUGGCAUAAGGAACCGGUUCGUGGUUUUCAUGACAUUACACAACACUACAGAUUACAGCGCCAGAUAUACCCACCACCACAUAAGUCACUCAACAGACGCCAACAAGUAUUAUGGCGACAACUUCAGACGAAUACUCUUCCUAACCCCGCGACACUCAGACACUACCUCCCGGAUCUAUACAAGGCCCGAUGCACCAAGUGCUAUGAUCCAACAAAGGACGCCGACGAAUACAACAAGGCCACGAUCGAACAUAUAUUCUGGUCCUGCCCGGCCGAUCCCCCACCGUCUUCCCUCACACGACAUUUGACACAACCAGACACUCAGUGGACGACCCUGCUGCUCAGCUCCGACUGCGUUAUUCAACUCGCUGCGGUCACAAGAGCCGAGCAAGUCGCCGCCCGGCCCAGUCCGUCCGGCCACUCUGCAGGGGAGGCACCACGCCGGCCGUAGGAGAAGGAACCCGCGUUCUGGAUCUUAUGAAGCUUUUAUAAAGUUUAUUCUCUCUCU